AUGUUAACAUUAACAAGUGACUUUGAAUCGGAUUCAUUUCUAUCAGAUAUGUCAAUUAAUAAAAUAAAUCAAGAUAAUACAAAUAUUGAUAAUAUUAGACGAAAUUUUGAUAUUCAAGGAGAAAAAUUAAAUGAAAUAACAUCAAAUAAUAGACAAUUAAUUCAUGUUGAAAGUCAAUUAGCACGAUUAAGAUCAGAAUUAGAAAAAAGUGAAAUGUUAAGACAAACAUUAGAAUAUGAAUUAACACUUCUAAGAACACAACAUGGAAAACAAACUGCUUUUACAAAUCAAUUACAAUAUCAAUUUAAUCAAACUAAUGGUAUUCGAUUUUUUUAUUUUUAUUUUUAUUUUUAUUUUUUUGUUUGA